GUCAGAACGCACAGCCACAAAGCCCCACGCCUACAUAGCUACUUCAUUAGUUCCUUUGACAAGUCGACAGUGUUAGUGUGUUCUGCAAGUAUGUCCGACGCUCUGAAGAAUGCCUUCAUCGCCUUUGCCUCCUACGGCAAGGGGCAAAUGAUGAAGCAAGACAUGGAUAACAAGAAUUUUUCGAAAUGCAUCAAGGACUCUGGCAUCCUGGACAAGGUCAUCACUUCGACUGAGGUGGACAUCACUUUCAUGAAGGUCAAGGCCAAGACUGACCGCACCAUCAACUUCGCCCAGUUCUGCACGGCGCUGGAGCACUUCGCGGCCAAGCGGGGCGUGUCGGUGGACAGCCUGCACGCCAAGGUGGAGGCGGCCUCGCCCACCUCCAACGCCACGCAGGCGGAGGCGGUCAAGUUCCAUGAUGACAAGAACCUGUACACGGGCGUGUAUAAGAACGGCGGCCCCACCAACAUCGACAAGCAGGCGGCGGGCGGCCUGGCUGGGCACCUGGACAGGAGCCCGGCGGACGUGCGCGGUGUUAAGUUCUGAAGCGGCAGUCCUGAGCAGGGUGUGCUGCUGGGAUCAGGCGUGGACGGUGGCCGCCGGAUACAGACCGGCACUGUGGUAGGAGCUGAGGUCGUAGGGCACGGGCAUUGUGCUGACCUAGGUUCAAAUAGCCGUGGCGGCAGGUGUGCUGUGAAUGGUACAUGUUGUGUGUUCGUGUGUUCGGGCUAGAGUCCCUCCUGUACAUGCAUGUGUAUUACCUUGGACCGGGCUGCGGAAGCCCGUCAAGCCCUUCAUAAGAUAUCCUCCGUACAUACGCACUGGAGGCGAUACAUAGUGCAUCCGGCAGUAAAGGCGAGUGGUGUAGGGUUGAGGCGGGCCCUGACCCCAGAGGCACGCGGCAAGCAUGUUGAAUUAAAUGUCGUCACUCCCUUGUAACGAUGGCAUAUU